GCCGCGCGGCGCUGCCGGGGCGCUGCCGGCCCCGAGCCGGCUCUGGGUGCGCUCGCUGUGCGCUCGCUGUGCCGUCAGUGCCGCUCGGUGCCCGCUCGGUGCCCGCUCCAUGCGGGCUCUCCCGGCUCCGCCAUGAGCCCCUGGCAGCAGCGCCCGCCCAACGCCAGCGCGGCCGGCGGGCCGGGCCCGCCGGGGAACGGCACGGGCCGGGCGGCCGAGCGCGGCAGCGCCGUGUCCGUGGCCAUCCCGCUGACCAUGAUGCUGACGGGCAUCGUGGGCAAUGCCCUGGCCAUGCUGCUCGUGUCCCGCAGCUACCGCGCCAAGGGCAGCCGCAGGAAGCGCUCGUUCCUGCUGUGCAUCGGCUCCCUGGCGCUCACCGACAUGCUGGGCCAGCUGCUCACCAGCCCCAUCGUCAUCUCCGUCUACCUGUCCGGCCGGCCCUGGGCCGCCAUGGACCCCUCGGGCCGCCUCUGCGACUUCUUCGGCUUCAGCAUGACGGUGUUCGGGCUGUGCCCGCUGCUGAUCGCCAGCGCCAUGGCGGUGGAGCGGGCGCUGGCCAUCCGCGCCCCGCACUGGUACGCGAGCCACAUGAGCCCGCGGGCCACCGAGCGCGGCCUGGCCGCCAUCUGGGCCGCCGGCGUGGCCGUGGCGCUGCUGCCGCUGGCCGGGCUGGGCCGCUACGCGCUGCAGUGGCCCGGCACCUGGUGCUUCAUCAGCACGGCCGGCGGCAGCGCCUUCGCCGCCGCCUUCGCCGCGCUGGGGCUGCUGUCGCUCGUGGUCACCGGCGCCUGCAACCUGGCCACCAUCGAGGCGCUGGUGUCGCGCUGCCGCGCCAAGGCCGGCGGGGCGCGGCCCGGGCCGCGCUGGGGCCGCAUCGCCACCGAGACGCUGCUGCAGCUGCUGGGCAUCAUGUGCGUGCUGUCCGCCUGCUGGGCGCCGCUGCUGGUACGUGCGCCCCGGGAGCCUCCGCUCGCCGCCCCUGGGAGGGGGGACCCGCGCCGGGGACCUGCUCCACACCCAGCUGCUGUGUGUGCGGUUAUUUGGGUUUAUUUUGGAGCACGAACGGGUGACCAUGCUGCGGAGGGUGUCGGAGCGCGCCGGGCCGUGCCGGGGCGCGGAGCCGCGGCGCGAGUGCACGCUGCCGCUGAGCGCCGUGCGCCUGGCCUCGCUCAACCAGAUCCUGGACCCCUGGGUGUACCUGCUGCUGCGCAGGAUCCUGCUGCGCCGCUGCCGCCAGGCCGCCGGCGCCGUCUCCAGCUGCUCCAACGCCGAGUGCAGGGACAGGUCCAUCACCCUGUCCGAGGAGAUCCGCCGCACCGCGCCCCAGGGGCACCCGCGGGGACCGGGGGGACAGCCACGGUGACCUGGGGGACAUCAUUGCCUGAGGGACAUCCACGGUGAC